AUGAUGCUCAACCGAUAUUUGCAGUCUCGAUAUAUUGCUGGGAAUUCAUCAGUGAAUAGGCUAUCACCAGCUUUGGACCUCUCAUUUUUGCUGCCAGAGUUAAAGAACUUCAGCACAGAUGAGUAUUCAACAAUGGAUGAUGAUGGGAUGUCAGUUCCACCUCUUGCCUGUGCCUUUGCUAAAAUGCCACAGCAUCAGCAUGUUGUCAGCGUGGUUGAUGAAGAUGGCUACCUUGUUCUCUACAACACCCACAAGACAGGCCAGGCCGCAGUCAUCAAAACUUGGCAAGUUCACGCGAAUGCAGUAUUUGAUCUGGAGUGGUUUAGUGAGGAAAACAAACUACUGACAGGGUCUGGAGACCAGACAAUUUUACUUUAUGAUGUGGAGACGUGCCAGAGGCAGGAAAUUUUCCGAGGCCAUGCCAGCAGCAUCAAGUCAAUUUCUAGCAAAGUUCAUGACAAUGCUGUCUUUGUGUCUGGGUCAAGAGAUGGACACAUUAUGAUGUGGGACAAAAGGAUAUAUCAUAAAGGUGAAACUGUUCCGCCCAUUGACACCAUCUUCAAUGCUCAUAUGCUGCAGCAUCAAAAUAUUAGCAAGGGUAAAAAGAAAUGCCAAAACCCGCUUGUUAAGGAUGCUCAGCAGAGUGUGACAGUGGUGCUGUUUCAGAAUGAGAAUUAUUUCAUCUCCGCUGGUGCUGGCGAUGGGUGCCUGAAAGUUUGGGAUGUCAGAAAGACAUACAAGAGAAAAACAGGUGCACAACCUGUGUAUACAUUUCACUACCCUGGUGCAAACACUCGAAAAUUUGGAUAUUCCAGCUUGGUACUUGACUCACAAGGCAGACGUUUAUUUGCAAGCUGCACUGACGAUGUCAUCUAUGAAUAUGAUAUGGCGUCAUAUAACCCUCAACCAGUUCAGACUUGGCGAGGCCACAAAAAUUCUACUUUUUAUGUAAAGUCGGCCAUGAGUCCGGAUGAUCAGUUCCUGAUCAGUGGUUCUAGUGAUGAGAUGGCCUACAUUUGGCAGAUAAACAAACCAGCUGCAGCACCUAUAGCUUUGGAUUGUCACACUGCAGAAGUCACCAGCGUUGCCUGGUGUCCUAAUGACAUCACAAAGAUUGUAACUUUAUCGGAUGAUGCAAAAACCAAGUUCUGGCGUAUUUUCUGUCGAGAACUCCAGAAACAGUAUUUACCUUCUUACCUUGGACAAGCUAAAAGCACAUCUAAAGUAUCAGAAAUAUCCAGAGUUACUGAAGAUGAGAUACCUGCAAAUUCUACCCCUAAUUCACCAAAUCUGUCAGUGCCUAAAAAAGUGUUGCUGCAGAAAUCUGUCUCUGGCUCUCCUCAGUCGUGUAUUCAGACAUGGCUGAAACGCAAGGCACCACAUGUAGAAACUGAUCAAGAAGUAGUGGCUGAGAAAUACGUCUGUAAAAAUGAUCAUACGGCAAGGUCUAGCACUUCAUUAGCAGACAGUGUGCUUGUGAAAGCUGAGAAGGAGGUUGCUAGCAAAUCAUUGCUUGCAGCUAAUAUGAGCAUAAUGGGAUUGACUGGUUGUUGUGAUAGUACAGCCAGUAUAACAAAUAUGUCUACACCAGGCAAAGACGCAUCUUCAGAUAGUGCCUCUUCAUCAUCAUCAUCAAAAAAAGCGUUCAUUUGA